GGCUGAAAGUGAAGGAGGGAGGGGCGGCCCCGCCCCGGCCCGCCUGGGCCCGCCCCUCCAUCCCCUCGGCCAGGCUCAUUCAGCGCUCGGCCAGUCAUCCUCCAGCCCCGGCUUGGCCAACAGACGCCGCGCCCUCCCUCACUUCAGCCGCAAGUUCUUGGAGAACUCUUUCAACAGGGGUAAACUGAGUCCCCGCCAUGUGCGGCAUCUGGGCGCUGUUCGGCAGCGACGAGGGCCUGUCGGCUCAAUGCCUGAGCGCCAUGAAGGUCGCCCACCGGGGCCCCGACGCCUUCCGCUUCGAGAAUGUGCGCGGCUUCACCAACUGCUGCUUCGGUUUCCACCGGCUGGCCGUGGUGGACCCCGUGUCCGGCAUGCAGCCCCUGCGCCUGCAGAAGUUCCCCUCCCUGUGGCUGUGCUACAACGGCGAGAUCUACAACCACCGGCAGCUGCAGAAGCACUUUGGGUUUGAGUACCAGACACAGGUGGAUGGGGAGAUCCUCUUACAUCUUUACAACAAGGGAGGCAUCGAGCAGACGGCUGCCCUGCUGGAUGGCGUGUUCGCCUUCAUCCUGCUGGACACGGCCAACCGGAAGGUGUUCCUCGGGAGGGACACGUUUGGUGUCCGGCCACUCUUCAAAGUGCUGACCGACGAGGGCUUUCUGGCCGUGUGCUCUGAGGCCAAAGGCCUGGUCGGCCUGAAGCACCCCACAGCCCCCCACCUUCAGAUCGACCCCUUCCCUCCUGGCCAUUAUGAAGUCUUGGAUUUAAAGACCAAUGGGAAGGUGGUGUCUGUGGAGAUGGUGAAGUUUCACAACUGCAAGGACCUGCCGCUCCACAACCUCUAUGACCCUCUGGAGAAGCUGUCUUCAGGCUUUGAUCUUGAAACAGUGAAGAGUAACAUCCGGCUGCUCUUUGACCACGCCGUACGGAAGCGCUUGAUGACUGACCGCAGGAUUGGCUGUCUCCUAUCAGGUGGUCUGGACUCAAGCUUGGUGGCCGCCACCCUGCUGAAGCAGCUGAAGGAAGCCCACGUCUCCUACCCGCUCCAGACCUUCGCCAUUGGCAUGGAAGACAGCCCAGACCUGUUGGCCGCUCGAAAGGUGGCGGCUCACAUCGGGAGUGAGCACCACGAGGUCCUCUUCAGCUCAGAGGAGGGCAUCCAGGCCCUGGACGAAGUCAUCUUCAGUCUGGAGACCUAUGACAUCACCACCGUCCGAGCAUCUGUUGGCAUGUAUCUGGUCUCCAAGUACAUCCGGAAGAACACAGACACUGUGGUUGUCUUCUCCGGAGAAGGCUCUGAUGAGCUCACUCAGGGUUAUAUCUAUUUUCACCAGGCGCCAUCGGCCGAGGAUGCCCAGGAGGAGAGCGAGAGGCUACUGAAGGAGCUCUAUCUCUUUGAUGUCCUGCGUGCUGACCGAACCACAGCUGCGCACGGCCUAGAGCUUCGGGUCCCAUUUCUGGAUCACAGAUUUACCUCCUAUUACCUGUCCCUGCCCCCAGAGUUCCGGAUCCCAAAGAAUGGGGUGGAGAAACAUCUUCUGAGAGAGGCGUUUCAGGCCUCCAACCUGCUGCCCAAAGAGAUUCUCUGGCGGCCCAAAGAAGCCUUCAGUGAUGGGCUCACCUCUGUCAAGAAGUCCUGGUUCACCAUCCUCCAGGAACACAUCGAACAUCAGGUCUCUGACUCGCUGCUGGAGAACGCUGCCCAGAGGUUUCCCGUGAAUACCCCAAAGACGAAGGAGGGGUUCUACUACCGGCAGAUGUUUGAGAAGCACUACCCCGGCCGUGCGGACUGGCUCCCGCAUUACUGGAUGCCCAAGUGGAUUGAGGCCAGUGACCCCUCCGCUCGUACCCUGGCGCACUACAAGGCGGCCACCAAGGAGUAGCCCCUUGCACAUAAAUGAUCAGGCUGUGCUCUCCUUGGAGGGGGCGGCCAGGCUCCAGCACUCCUGUGCACUAGACGCAUCCCGCCCAAUAAAACUUUCGCCAAAUGCC